UUCUGCGCGCGCAGAUUAACGCAAACUCGGAAGCGGAUCGGUUGGAGUGAAGGUCACAUCGCGCGGAUUGAUUUCUACAGACUCAUGUUACGUGAGGAAACAGCUGAGAAGAGGAAAGGAAAGGAGCCCGGCAUGGCCCUUCCUCAGGGACGCGUGACCUUCAGGGAUGUGGCUAUAGAAUUCUCUUUGGAGGAGUGGAAAUGCCUGGACCCUGCGCAGAGGGCUUUGUACAGGGAAGUGAUGUUGGAGAACUACAGGAACCUGGAGUCUGUGGAUAUCACUUCCAAAUGCAUGUUGAAGGAGGUCUUGUCAACAGGGCAAGGCAAUACAGAAGUGAUCCACACAGGGACAUUGCAAAGACCUGGAAGUCAUCACAUUGGAGAUUUUUGCUUCCAGGACAUUGAAAAAGAAAUUCAUGACAUUGAGUUUCAGUGUCAAGAAGAUGAAAGAAAUGGCCAUGAAGCACCCAUGACAAAAAUAAAAAUCUUGAUUGGUAGUACAGACCGAUAUGAUCAAAGGCAUGCUGGAAACAAGCCUAUUAACGAUCAGCUUGGAUCAAGCUUUCAUUCACAUCUGCCUGAACUGCACAUAUUUCAGAUCGAAGGCAAAAUUGCUAAUCAACUUGAGAAGUCUACCAGUGAUGCUCCCUCGGUUUCAGCAUCCCAAAGAAUUUCUUGUAGGCCCCAAACCCAGAUUUCUAAUAACUAUAGGAAUAAUUUCUUGAAUUCUUCAUUACUCACACAAGAACAGGAAUUACACAUGACAGAAACAUCUUUCCAAUGUAAUGAGAGUGGCAAAGCCUUUAAUUGUAGCUCACACUUAAGGAAACGCCAGACAAUCCAUUUAGGAGACAAACCAUAUAAAUGUGAUGUAUGUGGCAAGCUCUUUCAUCACAAGCAGUACCUUGCAGGCCAUCAGAGAUGCCACACAGGUGAGAAACCUUACAAGUGUAAUGAAUGUGGCAAGUCCUUCAGUCAGGUGUCAUCCCUUACAUGCCAUCGUAGACUUCAUACUGGAGUAAAACCUUACAAGUGUAAUGAGUGUGGCAAGAUCUUUGGUCAAAAUUCAGCUCUUGUAAUUCAUAAGGCAAUUCAUACUGGAGAGAAACCUUACAAGUGUAAUGAAUGUGACAAGGCUUUUAAUCAACAAUCAAACUUUGCAUGUCAUCAUAGACUUCAUACUGGAGAGAAACCUUACAAAUGUGAAGAAUGUGACAAAGUUUUCAGUCACAAAUCAACCCUUGAGACACAUAGGAGAAUUCACACUGGAGAGAAACCAUACAAAUGUAAGGUUUGUGACACAGCUUUCACGUGGCAUUCACAGCUGGCUCGACAUACAAGAAUUCACAGUGGAGAGAAAACUUACAAGUGUAAUGAGUGUGGCAAGACUUUCAGUCACAAGUCCUCCCUUGUAUGCCAUCGAAGACUUCAUGCCGGAGAGAAAUCUUACAAAUGUACGGUUUGUGACAAGGCUUUCAUGCGGAAUUCACAACUGGCAAGACAUACUAGAAUUCACCCUGGAGAAAAACCUUACAAGUGUCAUGAAUGUGGCAAGACCUUUGGUCACAAUUCAGAUCUUUUAAUUCAUAAAUCAAUUCACACUGGAGAGCAACCUUACAAAUGUGAAGAAUGUGAAAAAGGUUUCAGUCGCCAAUCAAGCCUUGAGACACAUAAGGUAAUUCAUACUGGAGAGAAACCAUACAAAUGUAAGGUUUGUGACAAGGCUUUCGCGUGUCAUUCCUAUCUGGCAAAACAUACUAGAAUUCAUAGUGGAGAGAAACCUUACAAGUGUAAUGAGUGCGGCAAGACCUUCAGUCACAGGUCAUACCUUGUAUGCCAUCGUAGAGUUCAUAGUGGUGAGAAACCGUAUAAGUGUAAUGAGUGCGACAAGACCUUCAGUCGCAGGUCAUCCCUUCAUUGCCAUCGUAGACUUCAUAGUGGUGAGAAACCUUACAAGUGUAAUGAGUGCGGCAGGACCUUCCGUCACUGGGCAUCCCUCAUAUACCAUCGUAGACUUCAUACUGGAGAGAAAUCUUACAAAUGUACUGUUUGUGACAAGGCUUUCGUGCGUAAUUCACUCCUGGCAAGACAUACUAGAAUUCACACUGCAGAGAAACCUUACAAGUGUAAUGAAUGUGGGAAGGUUUUUAAUCAACAAUCACACCUUUCACGUCAUCAAAGGAUUCAUACUGGAGAGAAACCUUAGAAAUGUGAAGCAUGUGACAAAGUUUUCAGUUGGAAAUCACACCUUAAAAGACAGAAUUCAUACUGGAGAGAAACCAU